CCCUCGCACAACGGCUCCUUGGAGAGGAGGGGGGGAAGGAAAAAAAAAAAAGGCGGAAAAGAAAAAAAAAAAAAAGAAAAGAAAUUAAAUUAAAUCACCGCCGCCUCUCCAGCGGUGCCGCGGCGGGUAAGGGAAGCGGCGGUGGCUGGGCAGAGAGGAGGCAGAGCGCGGGGGGCGAGCCGGGGAGCACCGCGCUCUCCCUCCCAAACUUUGAUGAUGACCAUGACUACGAUGGCUGACGGGCUGGACGCGCAAGACUCCUCCAAAUCCGCCUUCAUGGAGUUCGGGCAGCAGCAGCCGCCGCCGCCGCAGCCGCCGCCGCCGCCCCACUCCCAGCAGAGCUCGCCGGCAAUGGCCGGAGCCCACUACCCGCUGCACUGCCUGCACUCCGCCGCCGGCUCGCACCCGCACCACCAGCAUCACCACCACAGCUCGCCCUACUCCGGCAGCGCCGGCUCCUACAACCACCGCUCGCUGGCCGCCUACCCCUACGUGAGCCACUCGCAGCACAGCCCUUACCUCCAGUCCUACCACAACAGCAGCUCGGCCAGCCAGACGCGGGCGGACGAUGCAGAUCAGCAAAAAACCACAGUGAUUGAAAACGGUGAAAUCAGAUUUAAUGGAAAAGGGAAAAAGAUUCGGAAGCCUCGAACCAUUUACUCUAGUCUACAACUCCAGGCUUUAAAUCAUCGCUUUCAGCAGACUCAGUACCUGGCACUUCCAGAGAGAGCUGAACUGGCAGCUUCAUUAGGACUUACCCAGACACAGGUGAAGAUCUGGUUUCAGAACAAGCGCUCCAAAUUCAAGAAACUGCUGAAGCAGGGCAGUAACCCCCACGAGAGCGACCCUCUGCCCGGCUCCGCUGCCCUCUCCCCUCGCUCUCCAGCUCUGCCUCCAGUCUGGGACGUUUCAGCCUCUGCCAAGGGAGUCAAUAUGCCUCCAAACAGCUACAUGCCUGGCUAUUCUCACUGGUAUUCUUCUCCACAUCAAGACACAAUGCAGAGACCACAAAUGAUGUGAAUUGUCCAAGAGAAAUAAUCUCCCAAGAACGCCUCGUCUCGACAUGGCAAGAAGUUCCCCUGCUUUGCCAAGCCGUGCCAGCUAACAGGCUCUGUGUGAACUUGUAGAUGCGGCAAAGAGACAGUGGCUUUAUUUUUUUUUUUUUUAAGUAACCUCAGCGAUUGAUCUUGAACAGAAAGACACAAUUUUCAUUCUGGCGCACAGAAGACACUUCUCUUUAGGAUAUUUUCCUUUGGACUCCAAGGCACCAGCCUCUUUCUCUGUGGAGUAUACGUCAAAACAAACUUUUUACAGACUUUGCCCACAAGAACCUGAAUCUACCAUGGCAGCCGUUUUUACUUGUUUAAUGAGCUAAAGACAUUACAUGAUGAAAGAGAGACUAGUCAAAGCUCCUUCAUUUUUAUUCACCAAAUCCGAACUGGGGAAAGGAUUAAAAGACAGAAGAAGUGAUUUUUUAAAAAAUUUAAGAUUGGGGGGGAAAAGGAGAACUGGUUGAAAAAAUGCAAAUAUACUGUAAGAUUGGAACAUUACCACGAAGCAAAAUCUGCAUGCUUUCUCAAAAUGUAAUGGGCUACGGCUCAGAAGAAACCACCGUCUCUCACUCGAAGAGCCCCCUCAUCCGCACAGACCCGCACCCGCACACAGCCGGACAGCGUCCCGGAGACGAGCAGGAAAGACAGAGCGAGGGAUUCGCGGCCAGACCCAGACCCGCCGCCGCGGGCUGGGGAAGGACGGUUCAGCGCUGCCCGGCGGCAGCCUCAACCACUGAGCGAGAGGGACCUUUCCCCGAGCAACCUUUCUGUAUAUAUUGUUGAAUUUUAGUUGUACAUAUACUUUGUAUGUUUUUGUCUUCUUUCAUAUAUAGAGUAAAAGCCACAAAACGCCCGCCUGGCUCCUAUUUCUCUUCACGUUAGCGGAUCCCCACCUGCCCCGACUUGCCCCCCAGAUCGGUCCGGGCAGAGGGAUCCUUGUGCCCAGCUUGCCUGAGUGCACAGACACCCCUACCAAAGCAUAUAUCUGCAACAAAGAAAGAAAAGAUGAAGUGGGGUGGGGUAGCUGGUGGUUUAGUCGGUUUUAAGGCUACGACUUAAAGACAGGAGGUACCGAGUCCACAAAGAUACGCCUAGACGAAAUUGCUAAUCACCCGGCCAUUUCUGCUGCGAUUUUACUGCUCCGCUGCUUAGCUGAGCUUUCUCGCCGAGGCAAAGCUCAGAGUCCUGUCUUUCUUCCCAAAGGUUGGAGACUCCAAAUUAUUAAGAAAGGAGGCGCCCUCCUUUGUUUCAAAGAGCAGACAAUGCAAGCUGAGGAAUGUUUUGCAAAGCCCUGAGAGGUGCCCAGGCACACAACACGCUGUCCAGCCAGCUUCAGCCGCACCGGCUUGUGGAAAGCACAGCAACAACUGACAAUGAAAAGCCUUUUCCUCAUCCAAGCUGGGUGCCCCAUACUGCGAGAAUUAAUGGCUAGAGACCUGGGCAUCCUUCAAAUUAUGAACCUUGAAACCACUGAGCCAUUUAUCAGAAGUCAAUAGAGAUCCUCAGAGUGCUCCAUAUAAUGACAGCUACAUACAGUCGUGCAAAAGGACAGUCACUAUAAUUAGACACAAAGCAAAGACUACUUACCAAUAUACCAGUUUUUUGGGGGGUGUUUUUUGGUUUGGUUUUUUUUUUUUUUGAGCAACUUCCACGCUCAGUCAGUCUUCAGAGUGCUUUAAAACCGAUCAGUCUUGUCAUUUUCUACCAUUCGUAUUGUUACAUUAGGAAAAAUGUUUUCUUUUCUUUUUUUCCCCUUCCCACUGUGAAACUUUGGGUUCAGAGCUCCCCAGGAUCAAUUCUGAACAAAGCCUCCAGCUGCAGUGCCAUCCAAUUUGAAGCAGACAUUGGGGACAAUUUAAGGUUUUUAUCCACAAGAAGGUUUUUUUCCAUUCUCUUAAAUGCAGCCAUAAUUAGAGUAAUUUUUCAUGUAGCCCGCUGAUUACAGCGUUUUUACCGUCAAAGAUAAUUACCUGUAAUUUUCUUCCACUUUUAAUACUAAAAAGCCAUCUUUAUUUAGAUUCAGGAACAGGAAAGGCGAAACAAAAGAGGAAAAUUAUUCUGUUAUUCAUACACAAAUUGCAGAGACGUAGGGCCUAAAAUUGAAAAUUAACCAAAAUUAUAAUGCUGAAAAGAAUGGAAGAGGCUUCA